AUUCCUCCUCAUAUCCUCUCAUCGAUUGUCCCCUAAGUGCAACACUGUCCAUCCAUCCUCCGUCAAUUACCUGCUCAAACCAGUCCAGCUUCGCUUACCCGCUCUGCCGCUCUGUUGAACCCAUCGGGUACAUACUGUUGUACACAACAAUCCCGAGCCGGAAUUGUCUGGGCUCGUCUUAUACGUGCUCAUUUUCAAGAGUGCGAGCUACACCUCCACCCUUCGUCCUGCAUCCUUGGGUCUGAUUGGCGCUUUCGCCGUCGACGAGCGACUCAGCCCCAGCAUUUUCCGAGCUGCUUACCUACUCGUCGCAACACUCUUCUGACUUAUCUGGUUCAAACCAAUUUGUCGAUCGGAGCGAUUUACCACUUGUUCCUAUCUCUGUCAACUCCAGCAGAGUUCUCAGUGGUUUCAACGUUUUUGCAACAUCCUUCUAGCUUUGCCGGAGAACCUGCGACGUUCCUGUUGCACAAACGAACCUACCACGAUCGGCAAUCUUGUCCCGCUCACAAAUAUUGUGUUGCGCACGUCCCCCAUCAGCAAGUCACCAGGCAAUCCUACUACACCAUCUUCAACAUCAACAUCGUCGACCUUGUCUCAUGAUGAAAUCCUAAAUCUUCGCCUUGCCCAAUCUAGAGUCCUGCGCAAUCCCUGCCACUUCCAAAUCACCCCUGGCCUUUGCGUAAACUGUGCAAACAAGGCCUUGUCCGUCGAGUCCUCCGCCAUCAGUCUCCUCGGCUCAUUUCUUGCCGAAUUUGCUGUUCGUCAACAAUCACUCCGCAAAACGACUAGGUGCUUCAGCUGCCUGCUGGCCACGCAAAGUUCGUCAAUUUCGGACCGACGACUCAGGAUCAUCGUGGAAUAAGCGGGUGAUCGAGGUCUGUUCGCCGUAUUUGAUAUCAUGGCGUCGCAUCCGCAAAUGCUAUCCAACAUGCAACAAGAUUCAGAAAUGGAUCCCUCAUGGGCCGGUCAAGAUUACGGUGCUGUCCCAGUAUACAACAAUGGCGUGGUGAGCGAAGCGAAAGGGCCCGGCUACGGAGGCUUACUGAAAGGGUUUGGUGGCAUGCAAAAGAAGUUGACAAGAGAUGGACAACCAGCAAAACGAAGAGGACCAAAACCGGACAGUAAACCAGCACAGACACGGCGGCAGGAAUUAAAUCGUCAAGCUCAACGAACACAUCGAGAGCGAAAGGAGAAUUAUAUCAAAGCACUUGAAUUGGAACUGGCGCGGCUACGAGAAACGUACCUCGCUGAGCAGAAUGCCCGCGAGGCCACGCUCAAACAGCAGCAACUCGUAAUCGAAAAUCAACGAAACGAGAACCUGGCUUUACGAGAGAUUCUUAUGAACCGGGGCAUUCAGUUCGAAAAUGAACUUGAAAAUCGCAAGGCUGUGAUUGCCAUGAGACCAAAACGAGAAGAGAAUUCCUUGAGUCCACCCAAUAUGGCUUUCAGCUCGCCAACUUCAAUGCCGGGACGUUCUGUUGUAGGUUAUGGCUCAGCGGGUCAACCAACACCAACCGUGUAUUCCUUGAACAUGAACAGUGCUAUGAGCACGUCCGGGCACUCUCCCGGUACCACUCACCAUAGCCAUUCACCUCAAGGCCCAGAGAUCCAGGAAGUCUCGAUCAAGCAAGAGCCUGGAGCUAUUUCGGAUAUGCCGGGCAUGUCGGGCAUGCUUGUACCGGGGAUCUUCGAGAAAGACCCGCAACUGGGAAUUGAUUUCAUCUUGAAGCUUGAACAAACCUGUCGGGAUCAUGGGGAAUAUCUGGUGCGAAGAUCGAUGGAUUCGCCAAACAAUGACGAAGAAGCAGUUUUCUCCGGCCAUGCUUUGAUGGCGUCGUGCCCACCACCGAGCCACAUUCAACGUACUCCUGCUGUUAACGGUGGUCUAGACCCAACAUACGAGCACAAGGUUCCCGAUGCCGAGUCGGUACAGAUCUUGAACAACUUGCUCAAUUUGAGCCAGAGUCUGAAAGGAAGUGCCAUCCCCAGUGGCCAGGUGACUCCGAUCAUGGCCCUACAAUCCCUCAAAGGUCACAGGAAUUAUGCCACCCUGACCAGGGAAGAUGUGCUGGGCAUGAUUGAUUCCAUCAGAAGUAAAGUUCGUUGUUACGGGUUCGGCGCAGUUAUGGAGGACUUUGAGCUUCGCGAUGCCUUGUCGAGUAUAUUUGCAACUAAACCGGAAACUUACGAUCAAUUGGGCACAGACUACACAGCGGAAAUUGAUGAGAUGUAUUCAUGAUAUUCUCUUCGACAGGAAGCCGAAUUCAGCAUGAGUUACCUAUUGUGUGAGGGCAUGCCAAUAUUCUGGUGGCUUCGCUACGGCAAUGAAUUAUGUUCAGAUAUUCCCAUGACUGGUUAUUGAAAAGUGUGUUGCAAUUACAAUAUGAUUAUCAUGCAG